AUGUCCGAAAGAUUUGGGCGGAAACUGGCCUUGGCCGUCGGAUCCGUUUCUGUCUUCGGUGGGGCGUUGAUAAACGCGUUGGCUACGACACCAGGGAUGUGGCUCGCAGGUCGUGCCAUUAUGGGUGCAGGAGGUGGUAUUGCGAAAGUGGCCACACCAGCGCUCAUUCAGGAAAUCGCCCAUCCCCGACUUCGUCCCAUGCUAGCUUGCUGCUACUAUCCAUUUUUCUACUUUGGUAGCCUACUGUCCGCACUGCUUUGCUUCGCUGCGCUAUCCAUACCAAAUGACUGGGCAUGGCGGAUGCCCUCACUGAUGCAGAUCGUCGGGCCGUUACUUGUUCUAGCUACAUUGAUAAGAUGUCCGGAAUCUCCACGUUGGCUUGUCUCUAAGGGCCGUGUGGCAGAAGCUUCUAAUAUUUUAGCGGAAUACCACGCUAACGGCAGUACUGACGAUCGUCUUGUACGUUGGGAAUUAGUCGAAAUCGAGACAUCAAUCGAGAGCGAAACUACCAGCCAUAAAUCCUCCUACUUCGACUUCUUUAGAACGAAGGGAAACCGUCGGCGCCUUGUCGUCCUUCUCUCUCUGUCUAUAGGCUGUAAUUGGGUCGGAAACGGCAUUAUUGCCUAUUACCUUACACCGGUGCUUCGAUCAGUUGGAAUAGAAUCUCCCGUGAAAUUGACGCUCCUUACUUCGGGACUGGCAAUCUGGAACCUGAUCCUUGCAUUUGGCGCUGCACUGAAUGUCGAGCGAUUCGGUCGUCGUCCUUUGUUUCUUAUUUCCAUCAUCGGGAUGCUCGUUUCUUACGUGCUUGUCAUGGGUCUAUCAGCCGGCUUUGCGAAAUCAAGGAGCCAUGCUCUGGGUACUGCGGUCAUCCCUUGCUUGUUUAUAUACUACGGCUUCUACGACAUCGCAUGGACGCCGUUACCUGUUCCGUACACCGCCGAGAUCUUGCCCUUCAGAUUACGAACGAAAGGUCUUGCGCUUUUUACCUCUUUUGGUACAAUGGCGAAUGCUUUCAAUCAAUUCGUCAAUCCUAUUGCUCUAGAUGCAUUGGAAUGGAAGUAUUACGCUGUAUAUAUCGUCAUACUAUCCUUCUACCUGGUAUUUGCGUAUUUCAUGUACCCGGAAACAAAGAACCAUACCAUUGAAGAGGUCUCAAUGAUAUUUGACAAGACUGAUGGCGAUAUCAAGCGGCUGUAUGACAGUGCAAUUCGCAAGGCUGGGGAGAGCGAUCUCGAGAUGGCGGAGCAUGAGGAGGACAUGGAAAAGAAUAAGAGAUACUCUCAUUGUGAGAACAUUGCCAAAGCGUAG